AUGGACACACGUGGUCUUGCACCGAAAUGGCAACCGCAAACGCUAGGACCAACGCCAGUACCGUUGAAAAAAGGUCCUAACACGAGAUCUGCCGGAAGUCUCUCCCAAAGUGAGCCAGACUCGGAUAUGGGGAAACUGGGAGAUAUUGAAAACGAAGGGAGUGAUUCCCCGUCGCUUAGUCGACGCAAACGUGCGAUAGAUCCUGAGCUCGAGGAAACUCCGCGAAAGAGACUACCUCCUAGCGCCGGCAAGGACGAAUGGGAAGACAGCAGCGACGAGGAAGAAGGCAACAGCAAAUACUUUCAAACCCGUCUUGCAGACAGCACACCAAACAAAGAAAAGGCUACAGGCAAACCGUCUCGUUCUCACAGGAUCUCCAAGUCAAAGGGAGCAGAGGCCAAGAAGCUGUCCAUGUCAAAGACCGCGGUCGACUUUCGAAAUCGUAAAGAAGUCGAAGGACAUUACAAAAAGAAAGUAUGCGCAAUGAUCGACCACGAUGUCCUGGAACGGGUCGAAGCAGAAGGAGGCAUCACGCCAGCUGGGAGAAUGUACAAAGCUGUCUAUCGGAUGAUGGAGCGCCGCAGACGCACCGAGCGGCCGGCCGCGAAGGGCGCAGGCCACGAAGAAGUCAGAAGGCUGAGAGCUGAGAAUCAAGCGAUGAAGGAGAAGAUCGAUGAAGCUACCCGACUGUUACGCUCUGCUUGA